AUGUCUCAAGAAAUUACUCACCCUACUAUCAAAGACGGAUGGUUCAGAGAGAUCUCUGACACUAUGUGGCCGGGCCAGGCCAUGACCUUGAGAGUCGAAAAGGUCUUGCAUCAUGAAAAAUCCAAGUACCAAGACGUGUUGAUCUUCAAGUCUACUGACUACGGUAACGUUUUGGUUUUGGACAACGCGAUCCAAGUCACUGAGAGAGAUGAAUUCUCUUACCAGGAAAUGAUCGCUCAUCUGGGCCUGAACUCGCACCCCAACCCCAAGAAAGUGCUCGUCAUUGGUGGUGGUGACGGCGGUGUUUUGAGAGAAAUUGUCAAGCACGAGUCCGUCGAGGAGGCUUGGUUGUGCGACAUUGACGAGGCUGUGAUUAGACUCUCCAAGCAAUACUUGCCCGAGAUGGCCGCCUCUUACUCGCACCCCAAGGUCAAGACCCACAUUGGAGAUGGCUUCCAGUUCUUGAGAGACUACCAAAACACCUUUGACGUGAUUAUCACCGACUCUUCCGACCCUGAAGGUCCCGCCGAAACUCUGUUCCAGAAGCCAUACUUUGAGCUUUUGAGCAGCGCAUUGACCGAGAAGGGUGUCAUUACCACUCAGGGUGAGAGCAUCUGGUUACACCUGCCAAUUAUCAAGGAAUUGAAGAAGGCUUGCUCCGAGGUUUUCCCAACUGUUGAGUACGCUUACACCACUAUUCCUACCUACCCAUCUGGUCAAAUCGGCUUCAUGGUGUGCUCCAAGGACGGCAGCGUCGACGUUAAAAAGCCAUUGCGCCAGAAGUCUGACGAAGAGGAGGCCAAGCUCUACAAGUACUACAACAAAAAGAUCCAUGAGGCCGCCUUUGUGCUGCCUACCUGGGCUGCCAAAGAGCUUGAACUGUAA